AUGUCUGGUCAACUCUGCCAAAGUGAAGGUGUCCAACCGACGGGUCGACCUCUCGACCGGCCGGUUGCCCAAUCUCCUCACUCCACACGCGACUUCUGCCUCGCUUCGUCUCGACUGGCGGCCCCAUUGCCAUGCGCCAAUCCCGGUACAUCGGAGGAGUCACGCGUCUCCAGGACAACUGGUGCCACCGCGAACUUCCAGCUGGCGACGAUAUCGCGCAUCGACCGGUACCGGAGAACCGGACGACCGGGUGUCAUGCAAUUGGGCAAUUGGGCACUUGGGCAAAACGAAGUCCAAAGGUACUUUUGGGUAGACCAUACCCAACCGUAUCUGACCCUCACCUCCUCACCUGAUAUGCUCCUGGUUGGACGAUGA